AACACAUCUCCACCAAUCGUCCAUCCACUCUCACCACCACCUACCACUUCACUUCACACACCACUUAACCCGCACACCACACACAUCUCACACUCACAAUGUCUGACUGGGACCAAGUCACCAAGAUUGGCAGCAAGGCCCGUGGCGGUGCUGCCGGCCCUCGCGAGACCGUCAUCAAGGGAAAGAGCGCUCUGAACGCCGCUCAGCGUAGCGGUGGUAUCGUUGCCACCGAGAAGAAGUUCGCUACCGCCAACGCAGCCAGCAAGGGUAUCGAAGGCCAGCACUUGACCAAGGUCGACCGUAGCGAGGACAUUGUCGCAACAAAGAAGGUUCCGGAUGAUGUCGCCAAGGCUCUCCAGCAGGCCCGCCAGCAACUCAAGAACCCCAAGGGUGCCACCAUGACCCAGAAGGACCUUGCCUCCAAGGCCUCGGUCGAUGUUGCUUACGUCGCCGCCCUCGAGCGCCCCGGUGCCGACUGGCCAGGUAUGGACUUCGUCCAGAAGAUCCAGAAGGCUGCCAAUGUCCGCCUCACCGGUGCCAACGUCGGCGCCCCCAUGUUCGGCCCCAAGAAGAAGUAAACCUAUUCAGCACAGUAAAUUUGUUUGCUUUUUGGCCCUUCCUCACCGUCACAAACAAGAUGGUUGCAUUACAAGCUCCAGUCACCGGCUUCAGAGUUUCGCAUUUCGAGAAGAGCAGCGUCAAGGGACACCAUCUUUUCCAUUUUUUCUUGUUGAUUCAUUUCACGAGCGGGCGUUCAUAAUGACGAACAAGAAUUCAUGACGGC